AUGCCACCAACGAUGGCGCAAGGAGAAGUUAAGAACACUGUAGAAAACAGGAAACCGAACCUUAAACCACCAACUGCUUCUCACUACAGUGUGCGGCAAAAGAUAGCAGAACAUAGAAAGUCUCUUCCUAUUGCUUCAGUGGAGAAACGUCUGGUUGAAGAGGUGAACAAGAAUGAUGUUCUUAUCAUCGUUGGUGAAACCGGUAGUGGAAAAACAACUCAAUUGCCUCAGUUCCUAUACAGUGCUGGAUUCUGCCGGGAAGGGAAGAUGAUAGGGAUAACACAGCCGAGGCGUAUCGCUGCUGUGACUGUUGCAAAAAGGGUAGCUGAGGAAUGUGAUGUUGAGUUAGGCCAAAGAGUUGGUUAUUCCAUUAGGUUUGAUGAUUCUACUUCUAGCUCCACCAGAUUAAAAUACAUGACUGAUGGUUUAUUACUCAGAGAAGCGUUGCUGGAUCCGCAGCUUUCUAGAUAUUCAGUUAUAAUUGUUGAUGAAGCCCAUGAGAGGGCUGUUCAUACUGAUGUUCUGCUGGCAUUGCUGAAAAAGGUGCAGCGGGCUAGAGCAAAGCCCGUUAGUGAGAGAACUGUUAAUGGCAAUGGUGGAUUAAGAGGGUGUCAGGGCAGAAAACUAUCACCGUUGAAGCUGAUUAUCAUGUCUGCUAGUUUGGACGCACGUGUUUUCUCUGAGUACUUUGGUGGUGCCAAAGCUGUUCAUGUGCAAGGGAGACAGUUUCCUGUUGACAUUAUGUACACUGUUCAUCCUGAGUCGGACUAUAUUGAUGCAGCCUUGGUCACCAUCUUUCAGAUUCAUUUGGAGGAGAACCCAGGUGACAUACUUGUUUUCCUCACUGGGCAAGAUGAAAUCGAAUCUGUUGACAGGCUUGUCCGAGAAAGACUUCAGCAUUUACCUGAAGAGAGUCGGAAGCUGCUGCCACUUGCUAUAUUUGCUGCUCUUCCAUCAGAGCAGCAAAUGCGAGCUUUUGCCCCUGCACCGGCUGGUUUUCGUAAGGUGAUUUUGGCCACAAAUAUAGCGGAGACAUCAAUUACAAUACCUGGAAUAAGAUAUGUGAUAGAUCCUGGUUUUGUUAAGACGCGUCACUAUGAACCGAGCAAAGGAAUAGAGUCGCUUGUUGUUGUUCCUGCAUCAAAAGCUCAGACUCUUCAGAGAAGUGGACGUGCAGGACGUGAGGGUCCUGGGAAGUGUUUUCGUCUUUACCCUGAGAGAGAAUUUGAGAAACUGGAGGAUUCAGCCAAACCAGAGAUCAAGUCAGUCAACCUCUCAAAUGUCAUUUUGCAGCUCAAGGCUCUCGGAAUUGAUGAUAUCGUUGGAUUUGAUUUUAUAGAUAAACCUUCCAGGGUCGCAAUUAUAAAAGCAUUGGCGGAGUUGCGCUUGCUUGGUGCCUUGACGGAUGAUUGUAAACUAGAGGAUCCCACUGGCUACCAAAUGUCACGGCUCCCACUGGAACCUGUUUACUCCAGAGCUCUAAUUUUGGCCAAUACAUUCAACUGUCUCGAGGAAAUGCUGAUCACUGUUGCAAUGCUCUCUGUGGAAUCCAUAUUUUAUGAUCCUCGUGAGAAGAGAGAUGAGGCAAGGGCCUCGAGAAACCACUUUACCAGCGUUGAAGGGGAUCACCUGACUUAUGUUAGUGUUUAUCGAGAGUCGGAUGAGUUCUUGGAGAAGAGAAGAAAAGAAAGCGGUGAAAACAAAGUUGAUAAAAUUAUGAAGAAAUGGUGCAUUGACAACUUUGUGAAUCAUCGCUCCUUGAAACAUGCUCGUGACACUUACAGACAAAUUCGUGGACAUGUUGAACAGAUGGGUUUUAACGUGUCUUCAUGCGGGAAUGACAUGCUUGAGUUUCGUAGAUGUCUUAGUGCAUCGUUUUUCCUUAAAGCAGCACAGAGGCAAUUGGAUGGUACAUACAGGGCUUUAGAGAGUGGUGAGAUUGUCCACAUCCACCCGACUUCUGUUUUGUUCCGCGGGAAACCCGAGUGUGUUAUCUUCAACGAGCUCAUGCAAACAAGCAAGAAGUACAUCAAGAACCUCACAAGAAUUGAUCCCUUGUGGUUGGCUGAGUUGGCUCCUCAUCAUUACAAAACGGACGAGUGA